AUGGUUGCCAAGGAGUCCUCCCAAGACUCACUAAUGGACCAUCAAAACCCUAACCCUAUCAUGCAGGGCUUAGAUGAUCAUGAAGAAGCAGAAGAAACACUCUCUCUUUGUGAUCUUCCAAUAUACAGCGGCGCAGCCGAGUCCGAGAACUUCUCCAAAGAAUACCAAAGUUCAUCAUUCUCCUCCUCCGAUCAAGACUACUUCGAGUUCUUCAGUGAAGAAUGGAGUACUCCUACUACUACUUAUCCACUUGACAACAAAAACGUUGUUUUCUGUGGAAAGCUCAUUCCUUACAAACAACCAGUGUCCAUUCACACCCACAAUCUCGAAACCACCAAACACAAAAACCCGAAAAGGCGAGGCCUUUUCCGGUGGCAAUCGGGUUCGUUCAACAAAGCUAAAACCGAUCCAUGCAACCAGAAAAAUGAGUCCAAAUUAUUUUAUGUUUCCAGCUCAUCAAGUAAGUCUUUCUCAUCAUCGCCGGUGUCGGAGAAAUAUACUUAUGGUUCCGGGAAGUAUGGUGUUUCGGUCCGAAGGGUGUCGGGGGCGCCGGCGCCGGCGGCAAAGUGUAGGUGGUACUUGUUUAUGUUCGGGUUUGCAAGGUUUCCGACGGAGAUGGAAUUGGGUGAUAUGAGGAACAGGCAGUAUCGGCGCGGUCCUUCGACGAUGUUUCGAUCGGAUAGUGGUGGUGAGAAGGCGAGUGGUGGUUGGAGGAGGUGGAAGGGUUUGAGGGGGCUGAUUAGGGCUUUGAGUAUGGGUGGCAGCAACCGUGCAAACACCGUGGUUAAGGCUUCGUUUGGUUGCAUGCCACGCGUGUGA